AUGUUUUUAGGAUCAUUGAUAAUAUCUCUAGAUUAUAGCUACUCGUUUUAUGAUGAGGAUAUCUUAGAUAAAUGCGACUCUCAUUUGAAUCCAACUUUGUUUCACUUAGAUUUAAUACUUUGCAUAUCAAGUUGCUUUUUCGAUAUCUAUGAAGUCAUUGGGGUUUCUUUUACCAUUAGCCUGAUUAAAGCAAUCAUAGUAUUAAGAAAUCACACUUAUCUAAAUAAAGAUGCGCUUAGAUGGUGUUUAAUCUUUUUUGCAAUAAGGAUUAAUAUUGUUUUUUGCUAUUUGAUUUAUGUUAUAAAUGAAUCUAACUAGGAUAUUUUAUUCUUCGCCAUCAUCGUCCUUAUUCCUUUAUCUUACAAGAUAGGAAACGAGGUUUUCUAGAAUUAUUAUGAAUACAUUAAUUAAUAAAUUACCUCAUAGAACGCAUAGAACGGCUAAUAAUAAGAAAUUAGCUUAUUUAAGUUUAUUUUAAAUGAUCCAAAUAAAAAAGUUGAUAUAUUUUGUAGACUACUUUUUGAAGGAAUAAAAGAAAGAAUUCACUUUCCGUCUCAAAUUGAAAAUUCUACAUUUAUUUUUGCCAAGUAAAUUAUUGAAUUAGAAAAAUAAGCAGAUUCGCAAGGGACCUAAGAACAGGAUGACUAUGAUAACAAGCUCAACAAUAAAAGGGGAAUAAAUAAAAUAUUAGACAAGCAGAAGUUGAAAUUUAGUGAGAAAGAAAUUUUAAAUGAUUCAUUUAAUGUUUAGGCAAUGAAAAAUAUUCUAAGUUUGUAUGAAGAACAUUUGAAAUAAAAAAAGAUAACUAACUGUUUAAAUGAGCUUCAUUUUUCCUACUUGACAUUUCUCGCUACUUUGAGUAUGAAUUCUUGUUUGUCUUACAUUCAGAUUUUGAAUGUGAAAUCUAAUUAAAAGCUUCGCAUGGGCUUGAAGGAUUAACAAAAGAUGCAAUUAAUUAUGAAACAGGCAGAAAUUUAAUCUUAGAUCAAUCAAAGCAGAAUGAAGAAGGAAGAAGAGUUUUAGCUUUACCUUAUUUUGGAAUUUGAAGAUGAAAUGAAUAAACUCUAAUAGCAAUAUUUUUAGUGUCUGAGAUAGUACAAAGCAGCAGUAGAAAAGCUAUCUAUGAGUUUUGUGGAGAUUAAUGAGAUUCUUUUGAUUUUAAAGGAAUACAGAGAUGGCAGAAACAAGUUAGAGGCAAGCAUUAUUCAUCAGUUGCAAAUGAACAGCUAAAGUUAAAGCUUGAAAAAUCUCUGUAUGAAUUUUGAUUUUUACAUGCUUCACAAGUCGUCUCUUCUCCAAUUUUACGAGAACCAAAACAGACAAUAGAUCUAAUAGCUGAAAAGGAAGGACUACUACAGUAAACACAGUUGUUUUAUAUAUGUUUCCCUUCUUGAUAGAUCUCUUGGCGCUAUAUAAAAGGCUAAUAGAGCGUUUGUAAAAGCUUUUGGAUUUUAAAAUAAAUAACAAAUAUUAGGAAAGCUAGUUUAAUCCAUUUUACCUGAUGCGUUUUUAAAACGAUCUUCUGAAGCUGCUCUUUCUUAGAUAAUCACUGAAGAAUUUUUAUCUCUCUACAAUCAAACUUUGGAUAUGCCGCUUUUCGUAGCUAAAAACUCUCUUGGUUAUUCUAUUCCGUUGCAGUUAAAAAUUUAAAGCCAAAUGAUUGAUUCGAAUGAUUUUGGCAUUACUAUUUGGGCCAAACCGAUUAAAGAUGAUAACAUGUAUAUCAUGCUAGAUUAUAAAGACCAUUCUCAAAUAAAAGUAGCAAGUAGGCAUUUUUAUUAGGAAUUUAUAUAUGAGAACUUUAACUUGUAACAAGCUAAAAGCAUUAGAAUGGAGAGCUUAAUUCCUAUACUUAAUGAUCUAAUUAAGAUUAGCUAAGUAGAGAAAGGCAGGAAGUUUGAAACGCUGCUAAUUUAGCCUUAAGAUAAAAUGGAGGCGAAAAGAAGACCAGACCUAAAAGACCCCAAUUUCUUAAAUUACUUAAAAUUCGCUUAAGUUUACGUUAUCAGUGUUUAGUUUUAAAUAUUUAGUUCCAAACUAUCCUCUUUUGUAAACAUGAUAAUUGAAAAUUAUGAGCCAUUGAACUACAUGAGAGACAAGGUUCAAUACAUUCAAAUGUAUCAAAGCCAAAUAAAAGAAUUAAGUGGAAUUUCUUUACAUUUUGACCCUGAUUAUGAGUAAGAUGAUGUUCUAAGCGACACUAGAGUAAAAUAAUUCAAAGUAAAAGAAUAUUUUAGUGGAACUGAAAAAAAGACAGAGACUCAAUUCAGUAACACCUAAAAUGAAUCAACAUCUGCAAUUUAAAACUUGUAAAAUAGCACAAAUUUGAACUAGCAAAACAUCCUAAAAAAUAUAUAAAAUGAAGUAGAUAAACAACUAUCUCUUCAAAUGUAAGAAGAAAAUCUUAAAAAUUGUGAGAAAUAAUUUCCUAGUCCACCAAAAAAAGAAAUGUAAUAGUCUUAUUAAGUAAAAGAAGAUUCUAGCUAUAUAAUAAAUUUGUAUAGCUUUAAUAAUUUAGAAAAACGACACGAUGACAUUCAUUAGGGUUCAAAUUUUAAUAUAACUGAAUAAACUAUUUAAGGUGUUUAGAUUGCCAACUAAUUAAAUGCGAGGGUUUAAAAGGAGAGCAACGAAAACUCGCCUAGCGAAAUAUAAAAUGUCCAGAGUGAAGGAUUGCAAAAUAAUUAAGAAAAUGAAGAAGACAAUAAAAUAAAAAAAAUGUUUUAAGGUUGUGAAUCAAAGGAUUUUAAUCAAAACAGCGCAUUUCAUGAUAUAUUAAAUAGCAAAGAAAUUAAUUUAGAGUUAAACUCAAAAGAUUCUACCUAGAACAUUUACUAUGAACUAGAAAAAAAAUAAAGACAACUAUAAAACUUGAAUACUAAAGAUUCUUCUUUUAAUUAGCUAUUGCUGUCAACUAAAACAGGGUUUUAAUUCACAGCCUUCUAGAGUAAGAGAUUAAAACCAGCUAAUAAUGAAAAUGACAAACUUGAUAAAGAAAAAGAAAAACAGAAAGACUAUUCUGUUGAUAAGGAAAGUAAAUUCCCAAUAACUCAUGAUGAAAGCUAGAAAAAACAAAAUAAAGACAUGCAGUCUGUUUCUUCUUCAAAUAAAUCUGUAUAAACUUAAUAUUUGUUCUAAAUGAUUCAUACAAAAAAACAGAUGAACUAUCUUAAGAUAAUAAAUGGUAUUGGUAUAAUUUCAGUUUUAGCAACUCUUUCUUUAACAUUCUCAGGUUUUUUCACUUUCUACACUAAUUUGAUUUAAUAAAGAGAGAACUUUAAAUAUAUCAACUGGAUUUAUAUUAUUAACAUUGAAAUGAGCUACGCUCUUUCUGAAACGUAUAUAAAAAUGCUUAACAAUUAAGGCUUUUUAGAAACACCUGCUUCUUAGAAUCAAGCUUUUAAUCAAUAACUUUAAACUUAAAUCCAAUCACGAAUCAAAUUAAGCAAAGAUAACAUGGUCACUUUGUAUAAUAAUACAAAUAUGGAUAUUGAAGUAUUUAAAAUUGUUAAGUAACAAUAAAUUUUAUAGAAAAUUUACAAUGGCAAAUCCUCUUAUGAUGAAUAUAAUUUAUCACUGUUAUACUCUAUGCUAUUGCAGGUCGCAGGCAUUUAUUACUUUGCUACUGACCAAGAUCCAAGUGGAAUCUUUCUAUAAUAAAACGAGCAAAAUUAUCCAAAUCUCAAUUCACAAGUUUAAUCAGUGAUUACCUAGCUCAGUUCACAAUACCAAACAUAAUUUGCAUCAAUAUUAAAUUAGAGCUUAAUCUAAUUAUAUGUUGUGAUCUUGGUAACAUUUUUCUUCCUAAGUAGUAUAGUUCCCAGUUACACAUUUGCAAAACUUAGGUAAUAAAAAAUUUUAGAGCUUUUCGCAACUUUUGACCCUAAAUCUCUCAAAGAGAUUCUAAGCUAACUAACAAUCCAGCUAUCCUACUACAAUGGCUUUGAAAAAAAUCAAACCAUGGGAUCUAGGUCAAAUUACUCAACCAAUCUGAACUAAACUCAUUUAUCUAAAUAAAUGCAAACUUAAAUUAAUAUCGAAAAAAAAUUGAAUAUAAGCAGAACUUCACCUUUACAGUACUCCUUAAAGUAUUUAAUUAUAGGUUUAAUCACUAUCUUCUGUCUAAUUUUGAUUUAUCCAAUUAUAAACUAUGUUAUUGUAAGAUAGUUCAUAGACAAUUCGACAGUCAUCAAUGAUUUUAACAAUGUUGUUUGUUAGUCUUAUUUCACUAUUGUGAAUUCUCUAAGAGCGAGAUAAGGUCUUGCUAUGGCGUAUUUGAUUCCUAGCUCACAUUCGAUGCCAAUUUCAACAUAUCAAGGAUUGUUUGAUGAUAUAACAUAGUAGAUUAAUUAAUUACCUAAUUUAAUAAAUGAAAGCAUUGGAAAAGUAUAGUCUACUAAAAUGUACAAUUACUAAAUAUUUUAAGAUUAUUUAAUAAAUGUUUAUACAGGUAAUGCUUGCAAUACAAUGCAAAAUUAUACUCAGUAUUAAAAUGGAGACUUUUUAUAUAAUUAAUGUAUAUCUGUAGGCAAAGGCUCACUUUAGUAAGGCUUGCUAAAUGGUAUUAUUUACUAUAUAAAUGUGUAUAAAGAUUAUCUUUCUUUCGUCUAUAGCUAUAACUCUGAUAUGUUCUAACAAAGCUUCAACAACUAUAAUUCAAAUGUGCCUACAUAUAAACAAUUUUAAUUGAAAAUUGAAUUAUCUAAAGCUCAUGAAUACAUUCUUAACUUUUUUUAAGAUUAAAAUAUCUAAUUAUAUAACUAUUACGAGUAAAUUUCUAUUAUUCUAUUUCUCUUUUAGGUUUCAUUCGUUUCGCUCAUCUUUUCAAUAAGCUGGUUUUACUAUAUCAAGAGUGUAAAUAGCUUGAUAUUUUCUACAAAGGAAUUCCUAGAUAUUUUUCCUUAGUAGACAUUAUUAUAAAACACUUAUAUUAUGUCAUUUUUGAGGAAAAACGAAUGA